GGCGUGAUGGUUGUAUGUUGGAAGCAGUUUCAGACACUUGUGAGUGUUUUUAGAAUGUGUUUUCAGCACAAUGGACAGCGAAUCAGAUUUGCUAUUGCGCAUGCCUCGUGGGAGCCAGACAGGUGUAAGGCCGCAUUUGAGAGUAAAAAAGAUCACACAUCACUUAAAAAACAUAAACUAAAUUAUUUUAACAUUUAUUUUCACUUAAAAUUUGGGUCUAACUUUAUUUUAUUAAGUAUACUUGACUAUAAGAAGUACAAAAAAUGUAAUGAAGAAAGUACAGAAAAGCUCUUUGAACUAUUUGGAACAUUUUAAGUUUGCAAUUUAUUAAUGAUUUUUUUUAAACAAUCACUCAAUUCAUAUAAUUUGUGGUUGAUGACACAAUUCAUGUUGAUUUUAUUUUAAGCGAUCCGAUUCGAUUUUGAGCUGAUUCACAGACCUCAAAUCGAUCAAAAAUUCAACCGACUCAGAGAUAAAUAUCUGUACUAAACAGUGCAGGUGAAAUUUUCCACAUUCCUUGUAUUUCUUGCAAAAUAAUCAAGUGUAAAUGAAAUAUAUGAACAAACAAACAAGUAAACAAGAAUACCAAUCACUUUUUGGUUUGUUAAAUAAAGCCACUGUUGUUUUUUGCACCAAAAUAUUACAAAAUGAACAUUCUUAAGCCUUGAGCGCUAUCACCGGGUGAUUUUCACCAGAGUAAAAGUGGUUACAUGAUUUUAAAUAUGCUGCAUUUUCCUGAGUGUCAUGGGUCCCUGGGUAAAGUCUCACAUGUCCCAGGAUUAAGGAAACAUAAGGUUAACUCUCCAGAAUCAUUAUUAUUAUUAUUAUUAUUUAGGACACUUUUCUUCUUUUUUUCAAGCAUGUUUUUAGGAUCUUCCUAUAUUUUAUUUUCCAUUUUGCUACAUAAACCACAGCUGAAAAAAAUACUCUUCAUGUGUUGUCAUAUUUUAAUCAUUUUUUUAUGGGAAAUACUUCUUAUUGGGUAAAUUAUAUAAGAUAAAAAUUAAAUGAUGAUGUAACUUUUUAUAGCAAAAGUGCUCUAGAGCUAAAACAUUGUUUUCAAAAUUCAAAGUGUUGCACACAUUGGACUGUAAUGAUGGAUUGAUCAUUUUUUGCUGUCAUGACAUGUGGCACUUUCUGGUUUAUACAUGAUACUGUAGUAAAAAAAAAAACUACGUAUCUCGCAAUCUAAAUUCUGUUUUUCAUGAUUGAUUAUAAUCAAUUUAUUUCAUUUUGAAAGCUUUUAUAAUAGUAUUGUAGGAAUAUAAAUUAAAUUAUCAAUAAAGUCGAUUGUUACACACCUAUAGAUAGUAAAUAAAAAGUAAACUUCAAGUGCAUCACUUUUAGUGUAGACUAAGUAUACUUUUACUUCUUUAAAGAUCUUUAAUCAUGGAGUCCUGUUUGUGUACAUGUUAAGUAUACAGGAGCUUCAAAGGUUUUCCUCUCGUUGCUCUUUGCUCUGCUGUGGUGAUUCCUCACUGGCCUCGUCUGUGAUUCCUCCUGACAGACUGUUUACAUUAGAUAUUGCACAGUCAAUAGGUUUAUUUGAAUGAUAUCCAAAUACCCUGGGAGUCAUUGUUGAAACUGCAGUCAGUGUCCUGCCAUGAAAAGCCAAUAAACAAUGUCAAAACACUCAGCAGGAAGCUAAUGGAGGGAUUUGGUGUAAACUAAAAUAAAAAAAAAUCUACAAAUUCUGAUUAUAUUAGACGCUGAUAUGACAUCUAUCUAUAUUUAAACAAUGACUGAUGAUAACAUACAUUAUUUGGUGGAAAAGCUUCAGUUCAAAGGAUCAACUCAUUCAAAAUGUAUUAAAAAAAAACACCUUUUUCUUUAGUUAAUGUGCCAAAAAAAACAUCCGGACACACCUUAACUCUUUUGCUCUCCUUUAAAAACAUGAUCUCUGUUUGUCUGAAAGCAUUCACUCUCAGUUUGUUUCCGCUCAGAGCAUUUUCCUUUUAAAUAUUUAUGCAUUAGUUGAGUAAUUUCAUUAAAAUGUGUGUCAUUUUCUUUUAACUUGACAGAAAUAGCUUCAUUUUUAUAGUUUAAAUGUGCCGUCAUAGAAAUGGAACACAUUCAAAUAUAAAUGUCAUAUAUCAUUUAGAUGAAUCAGAGCUUAAAAUGAGCAAUGUCAGCAUUUAUCCUGUCGUUCUGAAGCUCGAUGUUCACCUUUAGUCGUGUUACAUGAUUUUUUUUCUCUCCCUGACAUUAUUUGCAAUGCAUAUUUGCUGGGGUGCGUCCUGACUACAGUCAGAUCAGUUGGGCUCCAGGUUAGUGCAUCCCUUUACUUGGAGUUGAAGACAUCAGGUUGCUGUUCAGUAUGACUCUGUUAGAUACCCAGAAAGUGGCAGUUUUUCAGCUAUAGCAUCACUGGAAGGGAACUCUAGACAGACAAAAUGAAUAAGAAACGGUACUUUCUGGAGCCUCCAGAGGUCAAAGACUAUCUGGUCAAAGGAGAGAGAUUCACCAAGUGGUCAGAGGACUCGACAAAAACUGUUCCCGUGACGAUGAAGAUGGAUCCAAAAGGGUUCUAUGUGUACUGGAUGAACCAAAGCAAGGAGACAACAUUCCUGGACGUUGCUACAAUCAGAGAUACCAGAACCGGAAAAUAUGCAAAACUUCCCAAACAUCCGAAAGUGCGCAAUGUGUUCAACCUGGAUUUUCCUGACAGCAACCACCUCGCCAAAACCUUGACCAUCGUUUCAGGUCCAGACAUGGUGAAUCUGACCUACCACAACUUCUUUGCCUCAAAAGACAAAGUGACACAGAACUGGGCAAAUGACAUUCUCGCGAUUUCCUACAAUGCUGCAAGAAACAAUGCAUGCAGACAAGUCUUUUGGGACAAAAUAUACGUCCGCAUUUCCCUCCAAACCAACAAGGAUGGCAAGAUCCCCGUGAAGAACAUUUACAAGAUGUUUCCAGCCGACAAGAAGAGGGUGGAAAGUGCCUUAGCUGCAGCACACCUCCCAAAGGGAAAGUAUGACUCCAUGAAGCCAGAUGUGUUCACCGAAGCUGCCUUCAGGACCUUCAUGAUGAAUCUGUGUCCUCGGCCAGAAAUCUAUGAGAUUUUCACAUCUUACUCCACCAAACCCACAAUGACCAAGGAGAACUUCACCAAGUUCCUCAACGAGAAGCAGAGGGACUCCCGUCUCAACGAGGAGCUGUUUCCACGUCUGCGACAGGACCAGAUCAAGGCUUUGAUUGACAAGUACGAACCCACCUCCACUAACUCUAACAGAGGAUUCAUUUCUCCAGAAGGUCUUCUGUUAUUCCUGAUGGGUCCUGAAACGUCAGUCGUCAUACAAGACAAGCUAGCAAAGAGUCAGGACAUGACCCAACCCCUGCCCCAUUACUUCAUCAAGUCCUCCCACAACACUUAUCUAACAGCCGGCCAGUUCUCGGGCGUGUCCUCUCCAGAGAUGUACCGUCAGUGUCUUCUGUCCGGAUGUCGGUGUCUGGAGCUGGACUGCUGGAAGGGAAAACCUCCAGAUGAAGAGCCCAUCAUUACCCACGGCUUCACCAUGACCACUGAGAUCCUCUUUAAGGACGUGAUAGAAGCCAUCGCAGAGAGUGCCUUCAAGACCUCCAAAUACCCAGUGAUCCUCUCGUUUGAGAACCACGUGGACUCGGUUAAACAGCAAGAAAAGAUGGCCAACUACUGCAAAACCCUAUUUGGAGACGCCUUGCUCACAGAGCCUUUGGAGAAAUAUCCUUUGAAGCCAGGCCAGCAGAUCCCCAGCCCCUCUGAGCUCAUGGGGAAGAUCCUCAUCAAGAAUAAGAAGGGCACUCACGAAAAGCCGGCCCAGGCCAAGAAGAGCACCGCAGCAGUCACCGAUCAGGCAACGGCAGCAGCUGCAACCUCCCAGGACCCAAACUGUCCCUCCCAGGAUGGAACUAACCCAACAUCUCCCAGUCAGGAGAACCAAGCUGAAGGAGAAGCACCUGUGGAGGAAAACGAGGAGCAGGAAGAUACAGAAGAACAAGAUGAAGAGAAGAUGAAGACAUCUGAUGAAGGAACAGCAGGACAAGAAGUCACAGCUUACGAGGCGAUGUCGUCCCUCGUCAAUUACAUCCAGCCAAACAAAUUCAUCUCAUUUGACAAUGCCAGAAAGAAAAAUAAGAGUUAUGUCAUCUCAUCGUUUGUGGAGACCAAAGGAGAAGCAAUGAUUUCUAAGACGGCGGUUGAAUUUGUUGAAUACAAUAAGAGGCAGAUGAGCAGAAUUUACCCCAAAGGAACCAGAAUGGACUCAUCCAACUACAGCCCUCAGCCUUUUUGGAACGCUGGCUGCCAGAUGGUGGCGCUCAACUACCAAACCAUGGAUUUCCCCAUGCAGCUGAACAUGGCUCUGUUUGAAUUCAAUGGCAGGACGGGUUACCUGCUCAAGCAUGACGUCCUGCGCCGUGGAGACAAGAAGUUUGACCCGUUCUGCGACAGGAUUGACACAGUCGUGGCCAGCACCCUCACCAUCAAGAUAUACUCAGGACAGUUUCUGUCUGAUAAGAGUGUGAAAACUGGAGUGGAAGUGGAGGUUAUCGGACUCCCUGGUGACCCCAAGAAAAAGUAUCGCACCAAGUGGUCCACCACACCCAACGCCAUUAACCCUGUGUGGAAUGAGGAGCCUUUUGUUUUUGAGAAGAUCUUGCUUCCAGAAAUGGCUUCUCUAAGAAUUGUGGUCCAUGAGGAAAAUGGGAAGUUUCUGGGGCACAGAAUCAUUCCUCUUGAUGCCAUCCAGUCAGGUUUCCAUCACAUCUGCCUGCGCAGUGAGAGCAACAUGCCUCUCACUCUGCCCGCUCUUUUCGUGUACAUCGAGGUUAAGGACUACAUCCCUGCUGCCUUUGCCGAUUUCACGGAUGCAUUAUUCAAUCCGACAAAAGGUUCAGAGAAGACCACAAAGACCCCCAAAGAGUCAUCCUCCGACUACAUUUCUCCGUACGAGUUGCCUCUUGUCGUCCAACCUCCCACAGAUAAAGUCAAGGAAAGUGAAGCCCCUGCAGCAGAAAAGCUCACAUCUGAAGUGACGCCGUCGACUGAUGCCGCUGACCAGCCGGCCCAGUCGGCCCAGUCGGCCCCUGAAGCAGCAGAUCCUCCACAACCGGACCCUCCUCCAACUCCUGCUGAGGAUGCAGGAAGCCCCCCAUCUGAAGUCCCUCCAGAAACUGCUGCUGAGGAGAAGGAAGCGACCCCAGAACCUGUAGUCGUUCUCGAUGCACAAAUACAGCCAGACACACAAUCAGAACCUGUUGUAGAACAGGCGGUAUCGGACUCCUCCAGCCGUUCUGAAGAACCUGCUACUGCUGAGCCCAAAUCUGAAGCAACAACCCCCCCAACCGAGGCAGCGGGAGCAGAGCCUUCAACUGUGACUACUGAGCAGCUGACACAGCACAAAAACUAUCUGAAGGUCAUCAAGCGUCAGGAGCGGGAGAUGAAAGAGUUUGAAAAAAAGUAUCAGAAAAAAGAAGAGGAGCUGAUGCAGAAGUACUCCGACGCCUUCAAGGCUGUCAAGAAGAAAGUUUCUUUAAAGAAAAAAGAAGGAGACGACGACACCUCUGACAGCAGCGUGAAGACGACACGGGUGCAGGAGCAGAAGGAAAAGAUGCAGGCCGAGCUGCAGGCUCUGUGGACAGAGCAGUGUGAUCAGCUGAAGAAGAAGAAGGAACAGUGCGCUACAGAGAGACUUGCUAAGCUGAUGGAGAUGGCCAUGGAGAAACACACCAGUGAGCUGAAGGCUUUGGAGAGUGAAACCAAGGAGAGGAAGAAGAUGGUCUCCAAAUGUUCAUACACGGAAAAACCAAAGCUGAAAAAAGCAAUGAGCACUGAGGUUCUGGAUGACGCCAGUCAAUCUAAUGGAAUAUCUUCAGAGUCCAUUCCACAACAAGAUGCUCUGAUGAGGAAACAAGAGGCCACACUGGAGGAAAUCAAGACCGUGACGAAUCAGCUCAAUCAAGAGGCGGUGAAGGAGCACACUCAGAAGCUGAGGUCUUUGCCAGCAGAGGUAAAAGAGGCCGUAAACAACUGCAUAGGGGCGCACUUCCCCGAACUGGUGGACAAGACUGGAGAGAAGAAAGUCGGAGAAAUGGGCUUCUAUGGAGAUGUCUUCUUAGGUUGAAUUCCUCCUUAUCGCAGAGUGUGGCCUUUAAUAUGAUUCACCUAUUUUUAUUUGUUGCAAUCAUAUUUUAUAACAUGAGGUUUGGGUGUUACUAAAAAAAGAGUUUAAAGAUUAGAUGUUCAGGUUUGAUUUUCUCCUUGUGUGUUCUUUAGAGGACUAAUAAUGACGUACUUUAGUUCAGAGUUUGAAAAUGCAUUUUUGGUUUGACUCACUUUUACUGCUGUCUCUCUGAUCUAAAAAUAUUAUAAAUAAGAGACAAAAAUAUUCCAAAGGAAAGUCUGUCUUUCCUUGAUGCUUACAGCGCUCUCAUAAACAACAAUAGGAAUAUAUUUGCCAGAGAGAACGUAGGGGAUAAAAACGGCUCAUCAUGCUCUACUGGCUGAUAGAAGCAGUGACUCCAUUAGUUGCACUUCAGUAAAGCUUAAUUUUAUUAAUGAUAAGGUUCCACAAAGCACUUACUUCAGACUGUGAAGUGAAACGAGUUUUAAUGGAAACACAGUUCAUGCAAAGUCACUUUAAAUUCUCAAAUUGUGAAGCUUUAGAGCACGAAUGUUAUUCUGGCUGUGCAACGAUAGCUUAGAAAGUUUUGAGAAGAUUUUACUUGUUCUGCUUAAAAGCUUACAUGAAAAUAAAACAAACAUGACUCAAUUGAAGACUAAAUUUAGUUUUUAAUUCGUUGAUUCUUUUUAAGUAUGAUUUGUAAAAUUGAGAUAUAUGUGUAAAGUUAAACUGGAGACUCUAGUUAUUGAGCAUCCCUGGGCUAACUUUGCUUUUUGCUUAAAUUUAGAAGACAAAUUCAAAAAUAAACUGGUUUUUAAAUAUUUUUUUUGGAGUUCACUGUAGGAGUUUUUUUUUAUUUAUUUAAAUAGUUCAAGUAUCUCAUUUUAAUUGGACAAAUAAAAUAAUUGUACUUUUUGGCACAAUUGAAAAUAUUAUAUGCUGUUUUCUGUAAUAAACUGCUUAAUAAAAAGCAUAUAUUAUACAUGUUUUUGCUUUUUUACCUUUAGUCAUUAAACCUUAGAAAACAGAACCAGUGUGAAAGUUUUUAACAAAAUGACGGUUCCAACAAACACUCUAAGUAAAUACGGUCUGAUAAUGGAGGCAGUUGGGGGACAAGCAUUGCUGAAGCAGAAGCCUUGAUGGGUGUGUCGACAUCACCAGGCCCAGUUACUCUGCAUCCAAAAAGGAGGCAGGUAAGUGUCGCCCCCUAACGGCAGAUUCAGGCCCUUGAGCACCAGGCGCUCCUUGGAAACUUUGGUGGGGGCUCAACCAGUUUGGGGCACCUGAUCUGCCAGAGCCGACCACGCGGGUCUCAGUGGGCCCUCCAACCAGUUAAACACCCACAGAAAGACACCCACUGUCAUUCCACCAAGAAAAAAAAAACUAUAAGAGAGAUUUAAUCCCCCUCAAGACCCCAAAGGGCAGACAGGAGGCAUCUAGAGCACAUGAAGUCCCAAGAAAUACAACUGAAGGUCUUUGUGCCUGUAGGAGCCAAGUGGAGACAGACACCCAUAGGGACAUAAACACCCCAAAGAUACCCAGACCAGCUAGAUAUUUUUGUUUUAGUGUGAAGUUGUUAUGUUCUUCCUCCUCCCACAGUCUGAAAACAUAGGUUAAACUAUUGUUUCCUCAUUGCUUCUCAGUGAGUGUGAUCAUCUCUUUGUGAAUGGAGCCCUGGGAUGGAGUAACUUCCUGUUCAAAGCGUAAAAUGCUUUUGGUGUAUGAUGGAUGGUAUACGCUCCGUUUACCCCCAUGACACCACUCAG